AGAAAUCAUUCUCUCCCUCCACUGCAAACCCUAGAGAUGGAGAUUAAACCCACAGAUCAAAAUCUUCUAUUGUCCUUCGAUCUCGCAUGGUUUACAGAUUAACAACAAUCAAGAACAAGAAUUGAAGUAUUAAUCGAAGGGUUUUCAGUCAACAAGCUGUUUCGUCAUUCAAUCGAUUAACGAAAUAUGCGAUCGCCUCUCCUCGCUGAAUAUGCCUCCGCCAUGGUCUUAAUCUGGAUUUCAGUGGAGAUACUGCUACAUCGGCUACGCGAUUGAUGAGAGAGGACUAUAUGGAGCCAAAUGAGUCUUUUGGUCCAAAGCGUUUAGUGAAUAUCUCUUUUUCUUUUUUUAAUUUUUGUCAUUUUUAUAUUUAUUCAUCACAAAUUGUAUAAUUUGGCUCAAAGUACUAGAUUGAAAUUUCCUUUUAGUUAGAUUUACACUCAACGCACACUUACACAGAGUUAGUGAGGCUCAAUAUGCAUGGCAAUUAAUGUCACUACAUGGUUUAACUAAGAUUUAAAUACCUGAGUUUGAGAGAUGAUAUAACCAAUUAAGGGAUCAUAACUUCCUAGAAUAACCUACUAGUAUCCACAUUUUGGAUUGAAAACUUAAUUGUUACAAGGGUGAUUGUAGACUGUGGAAGUGUGUGUGAUAUUCUUUGCUCUUACAUAUUUGGGAAGAGUAGACUUUAUGAAGUUCGGUUAUAGAAAUCCAAUGAACAGUCUACAGGUUCAACUAAAUGUUAGUCUCAAUGAAAGGAGUCAUUUCCUUGCUAGUGAUCUUGGGAUCAUCUAUUUGUCACAUUGCUACAAUACUGAGGUUCUUGGUUGUCAGAUUAGCUGGGAUUGCAGUGUUUUCCUAAGCACCUCUUCCUUCAGCCACAUACAGUAUGACAAGCAUACCCCGUCAUUGGAAGUUGGAAACACUAGUUUCAAAUGAGGCAAUGAAAUGUAAUACCCGUUACGGAGUUGGGGUUAGGUAAUUUGCUCGGGAAACAUUGUGAGCAACGCCGAUCUUGAUAACUUGAUAUUGGUAUUGUGGUGAGUGACGAAAUGGUAUUCCCAUAAUUACAAUUGGGAAUUUACUGUUUUUGCAAGAGAUUGACUUGUCUGUUAGAUUUGUAGAUUUCUUCAUUACAUUGUAUCCAACCGAACCUUAACGAGUCUCAAAUUUCAAAUAUGUGAUAGAAUAAAAAAUAUCAAACAUACUGCCAACAUAUACUCGUACCCUCGUUAAGUUAAAGUUUUCAAUCUACGACGUGUGAAUUAGUAGAUGGGUUCUAUUAGGAUGAGAACUUAAAAGGUUAUAUCUUGAUUGGACUGGGAUUCUUAAAUUCUUGGUUUACUUAUUGGGCCAUGUAUGGGCUUAAAAAAUAGAUGAGCCAUGUAUUU